AGCCAAUCAGAGAGCAAAUCAGAGGGGAGACAGAGAAACGUGCACACAACUAAUAAGAUCUCCCCGGGACAAGCGCAGGGGAGGGAAGAAAUGCAAGAUCAGACGGCCACGACGACGAGCUCGCCGCCUUCCAGCAGCGACAGGUCGUCCAGCUCCAACUCCAAGGAAGGGAUGGACAGCGACGACGACAUAGGGAGGGUGCCGGAGUUCCGGCUGGACCAGGGGGGACCAUCGACGUCGGGAAGGGAGGCAGCGUCCGCCGGGACGUCGUCGGAGCUCGCGCAGUCGGCGACGGCGGCUGCCCAGGCCAGCUCCCGCCGCCGCGGCCGCAGCCCGGCCGACAAGGAACACCGGCGACUCAAAAGAUUGUUGAGGAACCGGGUGUCGGCGCAGCAGGCACGGGAGAGAAAGAAGGCUUACAUGGGCGAGCUGGAGGUGAAGGUGAAGGACUUGGAGACGAGAAACUCGGAGCUCGAGGAGAGGCUCUCGACGCUGCAGAAUGAGAACCAAAUGCUUAAACAGAUACUGAAGAACACCACCGGUAACAGGAGAGGACCGGGUAGCGGUGCCGGCGGGGACAGCUAGAGCCUGUAGUACCACCGUGCGACGUCUGGAGUUAUCUGCUACUCCCUCCGUUUCAAAUUACUCGUCGUAGAAAUGGAUGUAUCUAAAACUAAAAUACAUCUAGAUACAUCAUACCUGCGACAAGUAAUUCGGAACGGAGGAAGUACGUACUUAAUUGUGAAAUGUAAUAACGAAGUGGCUGAAAUGGUGUCAGUUUCUUUGAUUAGUUUAGUGUGUUGUUUAACUAGAUGGACAUGAAGCGCCUAAAAAAUAUACUGCGCCUAUGUAUAAUACUAUGCGAUUUGGACUGAAAUUGCUUAGUCUCGAGGAGUGAGGGGAGCCGGCCGGCACCACAUAAUGUACGGGUGAAGGACCUGUCCCUGCCGUAUGUAUACGCGUCAGACUCGUAUGUAUUGAUGAAGGUUGUGUUGGAAAUAUGAGCAAUUUAUUAAA